AUGGACCCAAUUCGACCGGAGUUCGAACUUUUGGACUCAGCAGGACUUGAUUACCACCAUUGGGUCGCUGAUGUGGAAACUACCUUCGUUGCAAAGGAUUUCACCUCCACUAUCAAACCAUCUGCCGACGCUGCUCCGGAAACUGAGAAAGACAAAGCUAAUGCUCUUAUGUUCCUCAAGAGACAUAUCGAUCCUAACCUGCGUUGGGGUUAUCAUCACUUGAAGACACCAAAGGAGCUAUGGGAUGCUCUCGAUAGCCGGUUUGGGAACAUUCAUGAUUCCUUAAUACCACAAUUGAAAGUUUUGUGGAACGAAAUCCGGUUUCUCGAUUAUGUAAAAGUGAAUGAUUUUCAAAAAGACGUGCUGCAAAUUCAGACACGUAUGGACUUUUGUGGAAAGAAACUUAUUGAUGAAGAAAUGAUUCUGAAAACCCUAUCGACCUUUCCUACCUCUUCCAUGAUACUAGCAAACCAGUAUCGUUUAGAGGUAGAUAACAAAAGAAUCACCACAUUCAGUAGGUUGAUAAACUUACUACAAGUGGCCGAAAGGCACAAUGAUAUUCUGGUCAACAACAAUGCAAGAGUUGUCGGGAAAAAGAAAAUUCCCGAAGCUAACCAUGGCAAGGUCAACAAAGGCAAGGGUCCCAAAGGAAAGAGGGCUCGACAUUCUGAUUCACAUCUUCAUGAUCCAUAUCCACGUAGAGAUAACACCUCUCGUGGAAGAGGACGUAAGGGAUAUAAUCGAGGUCGAGGUCAAAAUGGUCAUUCUAAUGUUUGGCACAUAGAAGGAAUUUCUGACCAAAGUGGUAGUGAUCCUAAGUUCAAUAAAACCCCUAUGAAUCCGGCCACUAAAAAGGCUGCAAAUGGAAGUGCGCCUUGUUUUAAGUGUGGAUCCACCGAACAUUGGUACAAGCAUUGCAAGGCUAGCGCCAAUGUAGCUGUGAGCUACAAAAAGUACCAGGAAGUUAUCGAACAAGAGGCUAACUACGCAGAAGAAAAUAUUGUUACCCCUGACACUAACCUCACAAUCUCAUAUUUCCUGAGAAAUAAGGAUUUUCCCCAACAAUGGAUGUUCCCGACUUUUCCUGGGCCUAAAUAUUUAGUUUCUUGUUUUAUGGCUUGCUAG